AUGACUUGAAUGUCAAAAAAUCCUAGGACUUCUCCCAAGUGCGGUCCGGUUGUGUAUUUCUAAUUAAAUUAAUUUAUUAAUUAAUUCACCGUCGAAUUCCUUCUAGUCAUGUAAAAAUUACCUAAAAUUCGUAUCCUCGUAGUUGUAGUCGUAGUUAUUUAAAAAAUGGUGUCUAUCAUAAAAAACCAACUGUUGAAACAUCUUUCACGGUUUACGAAAAAUUUAUCGGCUGAUAAAAUCAAUUUAAGCACCUUUAAAGGUGAAGGCGAACUGUCAAACUUGGAAUUGAACGAAAUCGUUUUGACUGAUUUACUGGAAUUGCCGUCAUGGUUGCGUCUUACAAAAGCCUGGUGCAAUAAAGUCACUUUCCGCAUUCCUUGGACGAAACUAAAAAGCGUCCCAAUCCACUUAAGCCUUGAUGAAGUUAAUGUAACAGUAGAAACGUGCGAGGAGUUGCGCUCGAUGUCGGCCCAAGGGGGGCUUUCAUCGUACGCAAUUCCUGGCAAAUAUAGCUUCAUUCAUAAAGUUAUAGAUGGGAUUACAGUGACGGUAAACACGGUCAAUGUUUUAUUCAACAGCCCCGCUUUCACGGCAAGUGUUCAGUUGUCCAGAAUUGUAGUGGAAUCAAAGAGCCCCAAAUGGGCAAAAAGUGAUUUAAGAAUGACAAGACUUAAGGAUGGGGAGAAGGGACAGUUAUUGAUUUUUAAAGAAUUGGAGUGGCAAACGGUACGAAUCGAGGCUAAAUCUACAAUUGAUAAAAAUUUAACGCCCUUGAGACUUCUGACCAAUCAAGCGCGAUGUCGGAUCGUUAUCAAGAAACGACUUUCAGACUGUUCUAUAAUGGGUUCACGCCUUGUCAUAAUCCUUGAUGACUUACUCUGGGUCUUAACUGACUCUCAAUUAAAAGCAGCGCUUCAUUUCCUUGACUCUCUAGCUGGACUUGUCCAAAAAGCGACUCAAAUCUCUCGCAAAGCCAAAGCCGCGCGAAAGCUCGAGGAAUUCCCCGAAUAUCACGCUCAAUUGGCUCAAGAAGCCCGUUCAAAAGGCUCCACCAAACCCAACAUUUUCACUUAUUACGAUGUCAUUGAAACUUCUUACCACUUCUUAUCAAAUCAGAUUGUUUUGCAUUUGUGUGACGAUCCGGGUGCAGGCCGGUCUGCACACCCCAAUUUGAAAGAUGGGGGUGCUCUUCAAAUCGCAGUCAAGAGGUUCCAGAUUGAUUUCUACCCUUAUCAUUUAGCCAAAGGCAAUCGCAAACAUUGGCCCAAAUAUAACGAUACUGCAGUCCCCCACACCAUAUGGCAAGAGCAGGCGUUGCAAGCUUUCAAAACGAAAUUUUUCGACCUGAUUGAUCGGAAUAAAAUGCAACAUACGCCGUUAAGUCGCGCAAGAAAAAUGAGAAACGAAAGCGAUGGCCGUGUGGAGUUUGACAACGUACCCCCAGUUCGAGGUUAUUCAUUUCCCAGUGCUCCGGAGUCUCCUGUUGACGUCAGGAAACCCCCAAGUCCCAGUCAGAAGGAAGUGAAGCAUAGGAUUGAAUUACAAUUGAAUAAAAUGAUGACGACUUGUGUUAUAAUGAGAAUCGAGGAUUUUACGUUGUAUAAGGUGACGACGUCCGGGAGAAAGCAGGCGUUAAAAGAGUUUAUUGCCGCUCAGCAUAAAAGGAAAGAUAAGAAUACGCCGGCAGGCGAUCGUGAUCAUAUGACCUUACCAAAAGAUGCGAGUAUCGUUCAUGCCGAGUUUAUUUAUUAUUAUUAUCCGAGUGACAUCCCAUUUCCGUUGCCUCCCCCCAAAUUUUACGUACACUUAAACCCCGUCCAGAUCGUCUUCGACGUCGACUCCUGCCUCUGGCUCAACUCUUUCGGUCUAAACCUCUACCAAUCUCUAAUGUCGUCCAAACAGCCAAGUGCCGCUUCUAACUACACUUAUGUCGAUGUGAAAAUUGAAGCGAUUCUCCCACGGAUCAACUUCGAGAGUACCAUCGACUACCCCAAUCAACGAGACCGCCCUAAAACGCUUAGUUUUCAAGUCACACGAGUCAACAUUACGAACGUGAGGAGUCUUGAACAGUCAUCCAGGGCCGACUUGGCCAAAUGCGUCGAUUCGUUUCAUAUGGGGUCUCUGUUUUUCGGCUCGGAUUUUCCAUCACAACCCGCGGAUUUCUAUGUCGUAACUCAAAAAUUUUUAGACCAUAUUUCCGCAAACGAUAAUAUACGAAGUGUGCCGAACGAGCUCGACGUGUCAUCGCUUGAAGCUUUAGUCGAACAAUUGAGUCGUGAAUUGCUAUGGACUGAGGCGAAAGACGUGUGGUGUGUGAACCUUGACCCCGUGUGGGGCGACUUUCUGGGCGCUCGGGCUGUGGGUGCAGCCAAACCUGUCCCCUUUCUGGACGCUGUACCUGUUACAGUCUGGCUACACACACAUAUGGACCCAAAUUCAACCAUCAAAGUUGAGAAAAAUAUGGCGAAUGCGGACAUACAUGCCCUGGCCCAGAUCUCAAAUCUAGUGAGCGUGCAACUCAAUCAUUAUCAAUAUUUAUUUUUGCUAAGACUCGCCGAAGAUGCAUCCGAAAUGGUUACCUUCCUGUCAAUUGAUUCUAAUCGGAUUUUGAAGGUUGAGAGUAGUGGGAGUGUUGCUGUGGGAGCGCUCAUACCCCAGUUAGAAGUGACGUUUGUUAUGCCGUCUCAGUGCCCAGGUAAAGAGUCUUCAGGAGGCGAUGUGGAGUCUUUCGUACCCGAUUCUUCGAGUAUUGCUGAUGACGUAAAUGUGGGGUCAACGGCGACAGUAUGGCAGACUAGUACACUCUCCAUCCACCAAGAUGGCGCUAUUAGAAAAAACAUGGCAAAUGGUUCGGGUCAGAUCGAGUUAAAUCGAAGUUACUCGAUGGAAUUUCCUCAGAGUAGUCCCGAAAUAAAAAAAGCGAAUCAGUUUGCCAACAUUAACAUACAAAAUAAUGUCAAUGCGGGUUUGUCUACAGUGAAGAAAGGUUUUGCCAACUUUAUGUCAUCACUAGAUAGCGCACUCAAACCAAGUCCUGAUGAUGUUAGUGAUACGGCGUCAAUCCGUAGUGACGCUUCUAGUGACAGUGAAAAUUAUGUUAUGAUAAGUAUGGAAACAUCAGAUGCGGCCAUUUCCGACUUGAUGUUUAAUGUGAAAGAAUUUUCGUUAGAAAAUUCGGGUCCAGUGGAAAUAGCCAGUGAAGUGAUGGAAGACGAGAGCACCAUUACUACCACUAGUGAUCACUCAAUGACUAGUAGUUGUAGGAGAAAAGAUUUGAUUUCAGUUGCCACAUUUAAAUUAAAUAAAGUUGAGUUUUUGCAACAAUCCAUGGGUUAUUCGUCUUCCAUUAAAGUGCAAGUUGGCAAUAUCACUUGCGAGGAUUGUAGUUCGAUUCCUUGGGACGAGUUUCAGGCUAAAAUGAAGAGCAAAUUCAACUCGCGGGCCCGCGCCUGGACUGACAACUCCACAAACAACACAACAUCUCCAAAAGUCAAACUUCGUCUUGACCACACUCUAACUCUCCCCAGCUCCAAAUCGAUGAUGCAACUGGAUUUCCGAGAUCGGGACAACUUGAAAAAACUCUUUCGAGAUUUACUAAUUAUUAAAGUCUCCGAUUUGUAUUUGGAUUUGAAUACGAGUACUGUGACGGGAUUGGCGGACUUGGCCGAGGACGAAAUAGUUCCAAUCCCGAUCCCUAUGCAAAUCUCACUGGAUAAUGUACAACUACACCUCAACGAAGAUCGUCCCCCGGUCAACAUAACGUCCCCAGGCCCCAUUCCUAUUGAUGUAAAUGUAACUCAGUUGUAUAUAAUGAGGUCUACGGAUGGCGUUUUCAAUAUUUUGCCCCACAAACCGAACGAAUUGUCUUCGAGUUCGUCCCUGGCUUCAGACCAGGACCAGAAAUUGAGUCGCUUGACCUCUGAUAACGAGGAAUUGAGGCGUCGUUUGGCGGCAUUCGAGCGUGUGUCGGAAGAGAAUCGCUCGUUGAGGAAAUCCGAGGAGGAAACGUCAGUUUUAAGGUCGUGCCUAGUCUCGGCACAAGACGAAGUAGCGCGACUUUUAGACGAGAAAAAUAAAUUAUUGGAGGAGGUAAAACAGUUGAAAAUUCAGAUGACGAAUAGGCAAUUGAGCGGCAAAAGAUAGCAAUGCUGUUUUGACUGCACAAACUGCUGCUCUAAUGUUAAAAAGACUUAGGGGUAGUUUAGUCAGUCGUUAUUAGUUAAGUGUGAGUAGUUUAGCGCUUUAUUGAAGGCUUGAUGUUUAUUCAAACUUGUUUUUGGCACAAAGAAGGGUAAACUUGCAAUAAUUACGUUGAUAUUUACUUUAUUUUGUGCUGUGACGUAAUUUUAAGUGUAAAUAUAUUUCUGGUCAUGUAAAUAAAAUCGCUUGGAUUGAUAUAAAUGCCAAAGAACGUUUGAAUAAUUGUUCUUCACUCAUAUAUUUCUUCCAUCCACUUUAAUUAGAAUUGUAACACUUUUUAGAGACUGGGUUUCAUUAUUGUUAUAUAAAGACGCUAUAUUUAGUGACAAAUUUUAUUAUAGAUUGUUUUUAGUACCAUUUUUUUUAUUAUUUAAAAGUACUUAGAAUUUUAUCUAUGUUAUAAAUAAUGAUAUUGAUACAAACUGCAAAAUGUUUCAAUAAAUUGUUUUCGCAUCA